AUGAUAUUCCUUACGAGUCUUACCUUCUCGCUCAUCUUCAGAGUUGGAAGACUUAGGAAUGUCGUGAGCAAAAUCGUGACAACACUGUAAAAACUCCCCCGACUUUCAACUCUGUACUCCCAGUCAUGCUCAAAGCAACAACUUCCUUGAAAAUGUCAACGUAUCAUACAGUCUGUUCAAUGAAAUCUGGAAAAAAUGCCGAAUUAUAAAGGAACAAACUAUUUGAACAUACGAACAGCUCAAGCACCAUCUGCUGAAAAUGUUUCAUGACAGAGAAAUUAACAAUUGAAAUAGCAUCGCAGUAACAGGUGGUGGAAGUGCUUCAAGCUUUUGAUUAGGAGAAUAAUGGGUAGCGCGUCCUCGAAGUUCAAGAAGUACCUUCAGCAUGGUGACGAAUUUGCGGCCAUGCAAAUAUAUCAAAGCUCUCCAGAAUUGAGGAAAAAUUUAGAUCCGAACUUAAGUUAUGGAGACAGUCAUCAGCACAAUACUGCCCUUCACUAUGCUGCUAAGCACGGCAUGAAGCAUCUCUUGCGAACUUUUCUAACAGACCUCGGGGGUGAUCCGAACAAGAAAAAUGCAGCCAACGAAACAGCUCUACACGCAGCCUGUAAGCUGGAUGAUGAAAGAUCCAGAAGAGGAUAUGGAGCUCAAGACAGAAGAGCAGCUUGUGCUCAUCUGCUCUUGGCUUGGAAAGGACCUGCUAUUGAUCUUACGACUGGAAGGAGGGAAAGAGUUGAUGUGGGAGCUCAGGAUAAAGAAGGCAAUACCGCUCUCCACUGGGCAGCUCAAACAGGGCUUAAAAGAUGUGUUGAGCUUCUACUAGCUCAUGGGGCUCCACUAUUCAUCGAAAAUAAUGACAAACUGACGCCAUGCGAUCUUGCAAUGAGAGGUUCCCAUCAUGAUAUUGCUAGGUUGUUGGAAAGCAGAAUGGUUUUCGCUGACAAUGCCGACAUAGUAAACGAAGACGAAGUGAUCCAUGAACAAGAGGUCUACAGUGGUCUACGGAGCCAAGACUUGCAAGAAGCCAAGGACCAACUAUUGGUGGACACCUCAGAUAUGUUGAAAAUUCCACUUUUCACUGCCGAAGCUUUAUUGAGGGACAAUGAGUGGUCUAGAGAACUUCUCCUGGAAAAAUGGAUGAGGGAUCCAGUACAGUGUUGCCAAACUGCUGGAGUACCUGCGCCACCAUCUGCUUUGCUACAACACGCUGGAUCAUUUGAAUCGACUGUAUCAAGUAUUACCAACGAAGUCGUGACUGAGGAUAAGGAAGCUUUGUGUGACAUAUGCCUGCUAGAAACCACUUCGAAAGAUAAACCACCGAUAAGCAUGUCGUGCAAGCAUUAUUUCUGCAAUACUUGCUGGAAGAGCUACUUGACAUCGAAAAUUCAAGAUGGAGAUGCUCACCACAUACUUUGUCCAGCUUAUCAGUGUCAUAUUUUGGUACCGGUAGAUUUAAUCGAGAAGCUUGUUACACCAGAAAUGGCUAGGAGGUAUCUGCAGUUCGAUAUCAAGGCGUUCGUGGAGAGUAACAAAAGCAUCAAAUGGUGUCCAGUGGCUGGUUGCGGCCGAGCUGUCAGAUAUCCUGAAGCCGAGCAACGCGCAGCCUCAACUGAAGGCAAUCCAACCCCCAAGGUGACAGUUUCGGACACUUCCCAUGCUGUCGAUUGUGGAAAUGGACAUUUCUUCUGUUGGGAAUGCCUAGGAGAAGCUCAUGCUCCUUGCGGCUGUAAACAAUGGCAAGAAUGGCAAGUCAAGAUCAAAGAGGUCAAACCAGAAGAACUCAAAGCUUCUUGUACAGGAACUGAAGAUGCUGCCAAUUUUCUGUGGCUAGUGACCAAUGCUAAGCCAUGCCCAAAUUGCAAAAGUCCGAUACAGAAAAACGAGGGAUGUAACCACAUGAAAUGCUCCAAAUGCAAAUUCGACUUUUGCUGGGUAUGUCAAGAAGCGUGGAAACGCCAUAGCUCUGCGACAGGUGGCUACUUUAGAUGCAAUAGAUUUGAAGCUGUGACGAAGGCUGACGAGAAACAAGGUUCGCUCAUGAUAGAGGCGAUGGACAGGAAUAAUCAGAUGCAAGAGAUUUCUAGAUUUUUACAUUUUUAUACCAGGUUUAAAAACCAUGAGAAUAGUCAGAAGCUCGAGGAACCUUUGCUGACCGGCGUUAAACAGAAAAUGGAUUUGUUGGCUAGUAGCUUGGGUUUGAAAAAAGGUGAAGAUGCUGGUGAGAAAGGAAUGAAGUUUGUUGAAGAUGGAGUUAGGGAGUUACUCAAGGCAAGAAGAGUCCUGUGUGGAUCUUAUGUUUACGGAUACUAUCUUGAAGAUGACGGUUACAAUAAGACAAUUUUCGAAUUCAUGCAGAACGAACUGGAAGAAGUGACAGAAAAACUAAGUGAAAUGAUCGCUAGACCGUACCUUCGAACACCGAAAUCUGUGAUAAUGCAAACCACAGCUUUAGCGCGAAGGAAAAGACACGAAUUUGUUCGAGCAGUCUCUCAAGGUCUCAUUCCACCGGAAACACCACCGAUGCAAAGAAAAAGGAAGCGAAGAUACUUUAAUUCUGAUCUGUCUCAAACCUGCGCUUGGCUCAAGGAAUGCGAAUGGCCAGAAUACGAUACCGACGAAGAAACGGAUCUUUCUGUCAGUCACAAAAAUGUACCUUUCCGCCCAUACCUUAUGCCUAAAGGAGUGGUGCAUGAUCACCAGUGUGGACUUCUUUGCAGUCGAAGUUGUGGACGGUCUGAUUACAACAUGGAGCUAAUAAUAGCCCUGGAAAUGUCGCGAUUGCAAAUGAUCGAAGAUAGAAUGAAACAGGCCCAGGCUAUGAACAAUGCUAUAACGCCCGAUCCCAGUUCAAGUAUUUCGAAUAAUAGCAAUGAAAGUAGUGGGGAUGACCAGCUAAAGCUAGCCAUACAACUAAGUUUGCAAGACACAGAUAAUAAAGCAGGUGAACCGAGUAGAAGCAUCCAAAGGACAAAUGCAGAAAUAACAGUAGACUAUUUCCUCAAGUCGCUGGCCAAUCACAAGAUAGACUUGAAGUCACUGGAUCGAAUCGGUAAUGAAGACAAAGAGCUGUUCUUCAGGCCAUGUAGAGGAAAUGAAGAUGGAAGAUUUCAGAUAUCAGACAUCCACGAAAAUGGGUUUGCUUUUGCCGACACUGAUGAAUACGAUACUGACGUAAGAUUGAAGAGAUCGCACUCCACUGGCGAUUUGUGCGUGCGGAAAACAACCCGGGGUACGAGAGUGAGACUGAACGUAGGCGAAGAACCCAGGUACCAUCUGGAUAGUGAUCAUAGCAGUCAACAUGAAGAGAAACCAGAAGAUAUGGUGAGAAAACUACUAUCGCUGCCAUCAACCUCAGCUCGCACAAAACAACUUCUGCUUCUACAUACCUCAUAUCCUGAAGAGGAAUCAUAUCAAGGGCAGAGUUCUGUAGAAGACACGACAACGUCUGAUUCCAUGAACGCCGAUAUGGAAGUGUGUGGGAUACUUAACUCGGUGACUGAUGAGGAUUUAGGUAGCAAAACUUACGAAGAAGAAGCAACAAACAAAAAGACUGAACCAUCAUCUACAUGUAUCAAAUCCAUGGACAACGCACAGAAAAGAAUCAUAACUCAUAAUAGUAGCACCAAUCCAUUCACAAACCUUAAGGCCAAACUCUGUAGUGCACAAAUGUCGAAAACAAAUUGUUUUAGUAAAGUAGCUGUCAACAAGAGUAUAGGACUCAUUGGUGAUAAAUCCAAGGAGGGUCUUGACAGAAAGUACUGCGACACCCUAAGGCGAAGUUCUAUGAGCAAAUCAGAACCUGAAGACUCUAUCAGGGAUAUGAAGCCAUAUAUUGUAGAUAGUGAAUGUAAAAGUGAAAAGCAAAGCCCUAGGAAAAAUGAUAGGGAAACAAAAAGAAACAACUUUUCAAAAAGCACAGGAUUUUUGUUGGAAGAGCAAAGAAAAGCUUAUAAAGGACUUUCAAGUAAUUUACGCAUAAGAAUAUGCCCAAACUCAGACAUUCAAGGACCAAGCACAAAAUUGGAACAAAACAGACCUCCUCCAUUGGAGACCGAUAGUUCGAACGAAUACGAGAGCGAGACUGGUAUACCAAAGAGCCCGACUUUGUUCAUAUCUGGAGUAUCGAUAUCCAGGACACCAGAACCAAAAUCACCAGGGAUGAGCUUAGUCCAAAGUGGAAGAACAUCUAGAUCAUCCAGUCUCACAGUACCAACAUCUCAACUGUCAGCAAUAACUGGAAAUACGUCCAAUACAAGCCUCAAUACGGCUGGGCUUCCUCCGGAACCAAUGUCACCAUCUUUGAUGCCAGCAACGUCCAAAGGUGACCUUAGAACUCCUCCUAUUAGUCCCACGGUCCAAGAGAACAAAGACAGCAAGAGUAAAAGUGCCAGUGAACCGGAAAGAGAACGAGAAAUGUUUAGGUUUCCAAAGUCAUCAACAGAUGGAGCUUUGAGCUCCGUACUACAUGUUCAAGAGUCAAAUCUCAGUUCAGACGAUUUUCAUGAAGCUCUAUUCCUCUUAGAACGAUCACCAAAAACUAGGGACUCAAAACGGAGGAAAAAGUCAAAGAAAAAAGACAAGGACGAGAAAAAGGAAGACGUUAGCUCAGUUUUAUAAAAAAAAGUAUUUCCUUUGUAUACAUACAGGGUGUUUGCUAUUGUGUGAUCAAGUUGUGUUAUAUUGUCAGGUUAGCGAAAAUGUUCCCAUCGACAUAAUCGGAAAAUAUAGUUUUUAAGUACCCAUCUUGGCUGUAUAAAUAUGAUGAACACAAAUUUUAUAGUUCAAAAAGGAGGAGUCUUGAUUUUUCUAACGUCAAAUUUGUGUACUAAAUUUUGUUAUAAAUGUGAACUUAAAUUUUGCAUUUAAUGCGUGACUAGAUUUUUUCUCUGAAAGAAGACGUUUUAAAUUCGAGAAAAGCUAAGAGUAAUUUUCACGGUUUCAUCAACUUUUCCAAAUAGAUAGAGCUAUCUUAAUCAACAACAGACCCAAAGUAUUUUCAACUGUUUGCCUUAAUAUCCUACCAAAUAGAUAAAGAGUAGGUUUGAUUUUUCUGGAUGUUCUCUGAAGUCUAUUUGAGAAUGUCUUACUGAUACGUUUCCAACAAAAUAUGCCUUCGUGAUUGAGUGAUAUGCAAAAACGAACUUUAAAAGGCUAAAAUACAGCCUUUAUUGACUGAUAUUUCGUAGGUUCCUCAUUAUUUUAGGGCUUUAUAUAGUUCUUUCUAUGUUGAAUUGGACGUACCAAAAAACGUUCUUUUAUAAUGUUAUUAAUAUUUAGAUAUGCUCUCGAAUAUGUGCUUAUCAGAACCUUUCCGCUAAUCUGAGUGAAUAGACUCGUAGGAUAGUUGUGAAUCAUCCCAUAGUCGAACACAAAUACAUACCCAUUGAUUCGCCUCUUUGCAAACAAUUUUUGGAGUUAGUUAGCCUAAGUCCAAAUUGGACGAUAGUAACAUGACGUAUUCUGCGCCACUGGUUUAGGUGCAGAUGCUAUCAUUUUCAUUUUUGAACUUGACUAUAACUAGUUCUUCUGCAAAGAGACAAAAUCAUCAAGAACCUUUUCGAUAUACACAUAGCACGUCACAAACGUUUGUACGUACAUAUUAGGACUGGAGGGUUUUCAGGUACUGCAUAAAUACGAAAAACCCUUCACCGAUAUUUGGAGGUACGAUUUUUGUUUUAUUUAUAUUAAGGCACAUUUUUCUACUAUAACCAUUUACAUCCAUCUGUAUAUGUAUACUGUAUAACAUUUCUCACGAUGAAUUUUCGCAAAAUGACAGUGGCAUACUUCCGAAGAAAACCAGUUUCAACUUUUCUAUCAAUAGUUCUGUAGUGUGGUUCAAUCAAGGCAUUUGGACUAGAUAGAAGGAGAAAGCACGCGGUCCAUGCAAUCAUAAUCAGUAGCCAGGUAAAUACUACGAGUGUUGAUCUAAAAAGGAUUCACAGAAAGCUCCAGCCACACCGGAAGGUGCAACGGAAAAUCCGGCAACACCGCUGCCCGCGGCUAUUUCCCCACUGUCGAUUCUCCCCGGCCACGCCUCCCUGCGCCGCCAAUUCUUGGCUCAGCAGCCAUCCAAUAUGGAGCUUUACAUUUUUGAUACCGCCAAGAGAGAGAUUCGUUCCAUAACUCGCUUUUUACAGGCCACAGAGACAUCCACCCAUCGUAGUCAGUUUCCAGAAGUAUGGCAGGGAGCCUAGUGCCGGGCGGAAGUCCACGAUGACGAACGGAGUGGAGUCAGUCUGGAGGUUGGUUAUCGAGUGCUUCAAAAACAGGAGGAUCACCGACCGUGAACGUAUUGCUCAGUUCCUGGGAAUCCACAGACAGUGAUCCUCCUAUUCCACUUCGCGUUAGACCAUCUCGAUAACCAGCACCGAGACAGGAUGUCGUCUAAUCUGCUCUUCAUCGUGAACUUCCUUCUGAAUGGCACUAAGUUUUUGGACAUGUUGAACACUUGUUGCCAUCUCCUGUCAUUUGGUGAUGAAUAUCCACUGGUGGAGUUCCUUUGCCAUGC